AGCUAACCUAAAAUGGUAUAUUUUUCCCGCCAAUUCUAAAACGAUCACGAUGUUGACGCGAUCGCGUGUUCCUCCAGAAGAAAAAGAACGAAUUCAAAGAGAAAAGGAAGAAGCUUUAAAGAAAAAAAAUGAGCUUCAUACACGCCCAUUUGUUGAAUAUAACGGAAAAGUUAUUUAUCAAACUACGUUUAUAGACGUUGCGAUGAGCUGUGAUGCGAUUCUUGAUAAAGUUAAAGCAACGAAAAAUAUAUUUCCAUUAGGAUUUGAUUUGGAAUGGCCUUUUUCGUUUCAAACUGGUUCAGGAAAAGUUGCAGUUAUUCAAAUUAGUCCAUCUCUUGAAGAAUGCUAUGUUUUUCAUGUUAGCCAAAUUCUAAAAUUGCCUAAAUCUUUAUUGGAAUUAUUGGUUGUUGAUAACGUUCGAUUAGUUGGUGUUAAUAUUAAAAACGAUAUUCGAAAAUUAUCACGCGAUUUUGGUGGAUUUGAUGACGACGAAGCUGUAAAGCGGUGUAUUGAUGCUGGGCGACAAGCUAACGAAUUAUUAGGAUCGACUAGAAGAUGGAGCAUGGAAAAAUUAGUCGGCGAAUUCCUUAAUUUAAGGAUAAAUAAAGACAAAAAGGUGCGAAAUAGUCAAUGGCAUGUUAUUCCUUUAUCUAAAGAACAACAAAUUUAUGCAGCAACUGAUGCUUAUGCUUCUUUGCGGCUUUAUCACAAACUUGAAAUGCUCCAAGAAAUAGCUAACAAAGAAAAUAAUCAAGAAAAUUAAUUUUUAUUAAAUAAAGAAUACAAUUAUUAUUAUUUUAA